AUGCCCAACAGCACCUUCCCCACCAAGUUCCUCCUCCUGCCAUUCGCAGACACACGCGAGCUGCAGCUCCUGCACUUCGGGCUCUUCCUGGGCAUCUACCUGGCUGCCCUCCUGGGCAACGGCCUCAUCCUCACAGCCGUAGCCUGCGACCACCGCCUCCACACCCCCAUGUACUUCUUCCUCCUCAACCUCGCCCUCCUCGACCUGGGCACUAUUACCACCACUGUCCCCAAAGCCAUGGCCAACUCCCUGUGGGACACCAGGGACAUUUCCCACUUGGGUUGCGCUGCCCAGGUCUUUAUGUUUGCUGUCUUUGUCACAGCAGAGUUUUUCCUUCUCACCAUCAUGGCUUAUGACCGCUACAUUGCCAUCUGCAAACCCCUGCACUACAGGACAAUAAUGGACAGCAGGACUUGUGCCAAAACAGCAGCAGCUGCCUGGGGCAGUACUUUUCUCUAUGCUGUGCUGCACACUGCCAAUACCUUUUCCCUCCCCCUCUGCCAUGGCAAUGUCCUGGACCAGUUCUUCUGUGAAAUUCCCCAGAUCCUCAAGCUCUCCUGCUCAGAUGCCUACCUCAGUGAAAUCUUCAGGGCUGUACUGUGGAUCCCCUCCCAGCAGGGCCGGCACAAAGCCUUUUCCACAUGCCUCCCUCACCUGGCUGUGGUCUCCCUGUUCAUCAGCACUGGCACAUUUGCCUACCUAAAACCUCCCUCCAUGUCCUCCUCCUCCCUGAAUCUUUUGCUGGCAGUUCAGUACUCAGUGGUGCCUUCAGCACUGAACCCCCUCAUCUACAGCACGAGGAACCAGGAGCUGAAGGAUGCAGUGUGGAAAGUGAUGAAUGGACAUUUUUCUGAAGCAAUAAACUGCCCAUCUUUUACAUACUGCUCGUAA